AAAAAAGAAAGAAAAAGAAAACUUAAAUCUAAGAUUAAAAUAGGUUAAUGUAAAUAUUUAUCAUACUUUGACAAUAGCCAGUUUCUUUAAUACGUUUAGCUUGACAUGAAUUUUACAUACCCUUUGAUUCUUGAUGGUGGUUUCGCCACUCAGCUAGAAGAAAGCUUUCAAAAAGACUUGACAGGUACAUUGUGGUCUGCCAAAUGCAUUGAAGAUGAUCCCGAUGCAAUCAAAGCUGUUCAUCUCUUGUAUUAUGAAGCAGGAGCCCAUGUGGGUACUACGUGUAGCUACCAAGCAUCAAUCCAGGGAUUCUUAAACGAAGGUUAUUCAAAGGAGCACGCCAUCGAACUUAUGCGCAAAAGUAUCCGACUGGCCCGUGAAGCCCGCGAUCAAUUUAUAACUACUUAUCCCGACACCCAACCACGAUAUGUUGCUUUGUCGAUCGGGUGCUACGGUGCUGUACUUGCCAAUGGGUCAGAAUACACAGGGCAGUAUGGUCCUAUAACCAAAGAAGGACUUGUUGAAUUCCACAACCGUCGUCUGGAUGUAUUCAUGAAAGAGCCUGGGAUUGAUAUGAUCCUAUUCGAGACUAUUCCAUCAACUAUCGAAGUCGAAGCUAUUCGAACAAUUGUCAAAAGCCGAACUGAUCUCCCUCCUGUUGGUGUUAGUUUUGCCUGCAGGUCAGACGACCAGAUCUCUGAUGGCACUUUACUGACCACUUGUCUCGAUCAACUCGAUGGACUACCCAAUGUGUUUGCACUCGGAAUCAACUGCACCAAGCCUCGCUUCAUCUCUUCUCUUUUGUCCAUUGCCAAUCAGCAUACUUCCAAGACUGAUAAGGCUAUCUUGCUCUAUCCUGAUGCAGGCGCUGAAUGGGAUCCCAUAGGUCGUUGCUGGCACAGCGACAAGGUAACUCCAGAAGCAUUUGGAAAACAAAUGGCAGAAUUCACAAACCAAUAUGGUCCUAAAAUGGUUGUGGGCGGUUGCUGUGGAACUAGUCCAGCACACAUUCAAUCUUACCUAAAAGCUCUCUCACAAUAAAUGCAGGCCUUGAAACCAAGUACAUAAAAUU